CUCCUCCCUCCCCUCCCUCCCUCCUUCCCCCGGGAACCCAGAGCACACGGACUGGAUCCGACACGACCAGGCUUCGCUCGCGGUAAUGAGAAGACUAGGUUCUACCCUGAUCCAACUCUGACUGAACACGUGCCACCACCUCACUCGAAACGACCAUGACGGCCAUCAAUGCACCUCGAGACAGAUAUAAUGCAGUAUGGAUCAUUUUCUUCAUCCUGGGUUUGGGAACCCUCUUACCAUGGAAUUUCUUCAUGACGGCAACAAUGUUCUUCACCAGUAGGCUGAAGGACCCACACACUGGCCUCCCCUCCAAUCAGACGGCUAACGAGACUUUAGAGGGCGGAGAUACUCGCAAUGUGCUGGAGUCAAAGUUUAACAACGUAAUGACGUUGUGCGCCAUGGUGCCUCUGCUCAUUUUCACCUGCCUCAACUCCUUCAUACACCAGAGGAUUCCUCAGAAGCUGCGUAUCUCUGGCAGCCUGACAGUAAUCCUGGUGGUUUUCCUGCUGACAGCCGUGUUGGUCAAGGUGGACAUGGCCCCACUGCCCUUCUUCACCCUCACUAUGAUCAAAAUUAUCUGCAUCAACUCGUUCGGGGCGAUUCUUCAGGGCAGUCUGUUUGGGCUAGCAGGGAUGCUGCCUGCCUCAUACACCACUCCCAUCAUGAGUGGACAGGGACUGGCCGGCACCUUCGCUGCUUUCUCCAUGAUCUGCGCGCUGGCCACUGGAUCGGCCCUGCAGGACAGUGCUUUUGGUUACUUCAUCACAGCCUGUGUUGUUAUUCUCCUGGCCAUAAUGUCCUACCUCACUCUGCCCAGGAUGGAGUUUUUCCAGUACUACAUUGAGAGUAAUGGAUCCAGACCCUCUGCUGAUGAGGAGAACAAGAUGGACUUACUCAAAAAAGAAAGUCCAGCAGAGAAGCGACCGGUGGUGAGUCUGAUGGAGGACGAGGCCAAACCCAGCAUGUCUGUGUUUAACAUCUUCAAACAGAUCUGGGUGAUGGCUCUGUCAGUGUGCUUCAUCUUCACUGUCACCAUUGGAACAUUCCCAGCCGUGACCGUCGAGGUCAAGUCCACAGUAGCAGACGGAGGCGCCUGGAAUACUUACUUCAUCCCUGUGUCAUGUUUCCUCCUCUUCAACGUGAUGGACUGGGCCGGCAGGAGUCUGACGGCCGUCUGUAUGUGGCCGGGUAAAGACAGUAUCUGGCUUCCUGUCCUGGUGGGUCUGCGGGUUGUCUUCAUCCCUCUCUUCAUGCUGUGUAAUGUCCAGCCUCGUUACUACCUCCCUGUGCUGUUUGGCCACGACGCCUGGUACAUCAUCUUCAUGAUCGUCUUCUCCUUCUCCAACGGAUACCUGGCCAGUCUCUGCAUGUGCUUUGGACCCAAGAAGGUGCCGCAGCAUGAGGCAGAGACGGCGGGGGCCAUCAUGGCCUUCUUCUUGUCCCUGGGCUUGGCGCUGGGUGCUGCAGUCUCAUUUGCCUUCCGGGCCAUAAUCUAAAACCUUCAGUAGAACCAGCAGUAGAUGUAGAGUAGCCCACUCCGCCCUCCACCAACUCUCCCUGUCACCACCCUUCGCAGGAGAACCUUUCAACGACUGGACUAGCCGUACUAACCUCAGAAGACCAGAGAACCUCAGUCUUCUGAAGUGUACAGCAGAGAUUGGUCUCAUCCAGCCGUUUUAGCAACAAUAUAAACUGAAUUAUGUUACUGACUAUAUUUUAUUUUCCUCCAAACUCAGCUGCUUCGCCUGGGGGAUAUUUUCUAAUUGAUGCCACUGAUCAAAGAUGCUGUGUCAAGUUAAAUUAAAGAGUCAAGAGUAACAACUCAACAAGCAAAAUCUUGAGGCCCGGCAGUGAACGAAGGCGGCCUGUACACGUACUAUCCUAGAGCCUCAAUUAUAAAGUGUUCUUUUGCACAAAAUUUAUGUAAAAAAAAAAAAAAAGAUAAGAUGUUAGAUUGGAUUA